AUGUUUUCCAUAUUUGUUCAGCCUCCUGGACUCACACACCAGGAACAACCCAGCCAGCACCCGAGCGACUCUUCGAGGGCCCGGCUGCCGGCGCUGCUGCAGCUGGCGCUGGGCAGCGCCGUGGCUGCGCUGGGCUUCCUGGCCGCCGCCGUCAGCUCCUCCGUGCUGCUCAGAGACACGCCGCACUGGGCUGGGAUCUGUGUUUGCGUGGUAUCCUUAGUCGGAUUUGUUAUGCUCUGCAUUUCAUACCAACCUGAUGAGAAGACAUGUAUGCAGUUCACAAUAAAGCUUUUUAUUUUCCUGCUGAGCGCCCUAGGCCUGGUGGUGUGCGUUUUGGCGGUGGCUUUUGCCGCGCACCGAUACUUGCAGAUGACACACUUCAUCUGCGACACCGUCCUCGAGUCCUGCCAGUGCAAAGUGGACGCGGAGGACCCCUUGGGCAGGACCUUCGUUUACCAGGAUGCGGCCGACUGCAGCAGCGUCACCAGCACCCUCCACCUCUACUUGCUCCUGCAGAUGGUCCUCAACACGUUGGCAGCCAUCGUGUGCCUCGCGGCGUGCUUCGUCAUGUGGAAGCACCGCUACCAGGUUUUCUAUGUGGGCGUCCGCUUCUACCCAUUAACGGCCACCCAAGGGCAGCAGCACAAAGUGUAGGGUUGGGGCUG